UCUCAAGGAGAGGUUUUCAGUUGGAAACAAGGUAAGAAUACAUCAGUUGAUGUCGAAGUUGGCUUCCUGCAGACAAAACGGUGAUGCGGUGAUUGAUUACUAUGGAAGAUUGGCUAAGAUGUGGGAGGAGUUGCAGACCUACAGGCCACCUCCGGCUUGUACGUGUGAUGCAGCAGUCUUAUACGAAAAGGAGAGAGAGGAUGAAAGAGUUCAUCAGUUCGUAAUGGGACUUGAUGAAUCAAGGUUUGGUCAUAUUGUCACAGCUAUUAUCGAGGCUGAUGUUCUGCCUGACCUUGGUAAGGUAUACAACAAGGUUGUUCGAGAGGAAGAUCGACUGAAUUCUGCUAAGAGUCGUGAACAACAACAGGAAGCAGUUGGUUUUGCAACUAGACGAGACGGAAGUGGCGGAGAGACAGGACGGGGUGGCUCGCGUGAUGAGUCAGCGUCUCAGUUUCCGCAGAACAGAGGAAGAGACAGAAACUGUUCACAUUGUGGGAGAAGUGGUCAUGAUAAGAGUAACUGUUGGCAACUUGUCGGAUAUCCCGAGUGGUUCACAGAGAGAGGAGGCAGAGGAACUCGCGGGGCUAGUAGAGGAGGAGGACGUGGCGGUCUUUCACGAGGAAGAGGCCAGUCAAAUACAGCCUACGCGACGAAUGCAAAUCCAAGUGAGCGUUCUGCAAGUGACCUCACACCUGAGCAAUGGCGUGCGAUUACUCAGAUUCUGAACGAGAAGCCUUCUACUUCUGACAAGAUGUCUGGACCGGUGUUCGAGGACGCUGAUUGGAGCAGGUGAAGAACGUGGUGGGGUAUACUACUUUACGGAUGUCAAAGCUGCUCGUGUGAACAAAGCUGUGAAGGUAGAAGAUGCGGCUCUGUGGCAUAGGCGGUUGGGACAUCCUGCAUUUUCGGUUUUAUCUUCGUUUUCUGUGUUAUCUGGUGUUGGUGUUUCAGAAAGUUCUCUGGCUUGUGAAGUAUGUUUCCAGGCUAAACAAACUAGGGAGCAGUUUCCUGCAAGUUAUA